AUGAGACCACUUAUUACUUCACCACAGACCAUUACCAGACAAGACGGACCCACCGAAGCCAUGUCUGGACAGCAGAGCCGCAACCAAGACGCGCUUCAAGACGAGCGCCGGAGCAUCUCUCAGUCUGGACAGCAGAAUGUCUCCCAGCCUGCAGCUGCCUCCAAUUUGUUCAACACCAACUACAGGGGUCCGCAGGAUGCUGAGCAGCAAGGACAGUUGCGCAACACGAAUGCAUCGAGUGGUAUAUAUGGAAUUCCUGCUCUGGCGUACAAUGCGCCUGUAUACAACCAGUUCGGGCAAGCCCCCAGCCCGGCAGUGGGUCGUGGACGUGGGAAUCCUCCAAGGCAGGGUGGGCACCGCAGUCGUGUUGCAGCUGCUGGUGGCCGACAGCCAUCCUACUCGGGCCGUUCAAGCCCGUAUCCUCCAGUUGGCCCUGCGUAUUCUCCGCGUGGAUACCAGCAGCAGCUUCCCUAUCCGCCAGCUGCACACCGAGGUCGCGGUCACUCCGGUCCCGUCCGAUUCCCGCCCUCAGCGCCUGCGGGCCGCGGUGUUGGUCCUCGUGGCCAGCGUGGCGAGAGUGGCCGCCGUCGCUCUCCUGCACCGACGCCAGCAAGUUCGCAGCACGUCUGCUCCGCCCAGUUCACUCGGCCUUCUCAGCCUGCUCCGUCCCGCGGCCGUCCCGCCUUUCCGCCCGUGCAGUUCGGCAAGGACGACUUCCCAUCCCUCGGCAGCCAGUCGCGCCAGUCCACUCCCCGACAACAGCGAGAGAGUGGUACGGACCAGGGCAGGCCCGCUGCCGGCCGUGGCCGUGGUCGUGGAAGAUACGUCCCCUUCACCGACUUCAGCCUCGGCGGCAGCACCGGUCCCACUCCCACAGGCGUCGACAACAUCCGCGAACCGGCUUCCACCCUCCUGCCUCGUCCCCGCUUCCACCGGAACGCCGACUUCCGCCUCACCCUGAGCCAGUGCUACCGGGGCAAGAUCGUCUUCAUCGACGAGCUCUCGGGCCUGGACUACUCGGGCCACCCCGCCGUCAUCCGCUCCGUCAACCGCGCCACGCGCCAGAUCCGCUUCUUCAAGAAGUCGUCGUUCAAGGGGAUCGGCGGAUUCCUCAACAAGUACGGCGAAUACGUCAAUCAGGCGCAGAAGCGCUGGCACGAGAAGCAGUGGCUGCUGGUCGAUGACGGCACAACGCGGCCGCACCACGGCACGCCGCUGCUCAGGCUCGCCGACGGCGAGAUGAUGCCGGAGAAGGGGUCGUACGUGGAUAUCCAUGGGGAUGCUGAGCUGCAUGUCGAUUACUUUUCCAAGUACUCGCGUUUUGGCAGCUUUCCGGACCUGUAUCUGCCGGAGGAGGAGAUGGCGGUGUUGGAGAGGUACUCGGAGUGGUACCUCAAGAAGGAUGCGGAGUACCGACAGGCCGAGGAGAGGAGGAAGAGGGAGAAAUGGCAGGUGGACGAGUCGACGGGGGCGGACGUCGGGAAUGUUUACGAGGAUUCGGAGAACGAGAAUGAGGCCGGGUAG